CAUCACUUGGAAUAGCUUGCUCGUGUGCUGCUACUCACCAUAGCACGCAUUACUUGCUAAGAAAACUCGCCUGCUCACCACCAUCACAGUCAGCCUUUGACCGCGUAGUUGCCAUCUCAAACUCAUCACUUGCAAGCUAGCCAGACGCGUCAACAGCAGACGAACAACACUGCUGGUCGCACCCUGGCGCGAACCUUCUGACCGUCGACCUCGGGAGCUCGGUAACGCUACUGCCCCAGGAGCGACGUUGCGGAGUCGCGUGCGCUUGAAAUUGGCGUUCGGCCACUAUCAAACGCUCAAAACUCUUCGACGGCACAUCCUCGGUUGGAGCCAGAGUGUCACAGUCUUCAACAAUAUCUUGUUCAUCCAGACAUCAGCACCUUGUGGAGCGGAACACGGGUCAAUAGGCCGCUCUUGUCGGUGUGGGCACUUCCUGGGCCCGCAGCUAUGGCGCACCCACGCUGACGGGUCGCCCGCCCAGCGAGACACCUAGCGGCUCGGCGGCGCUCUGCGCCGCUGCCGCAUACUCUAGACCAAUGACGGCGUCAUUCAUAACCUCUAUAGUAACACUAGGCACCCCCUGCCCAGGGCGGCAACAACAGCCCGCGGCGUGUCGCAGCAGCCCCAGCCCCAGCAGCAGCAGCAGCAGCCAGGCCUCAGCACGGACACAACGGCGCAAUGCAGCGGGGACAACGGCACCGGGCACCGGGCGGCAAACACUGCUUGUGGCAGCGCUCUUGUUGCUGACGGCGGGGCUAGCAGCAGCCCAACCGCCGCCGUCCUUCUACUGCAACACAUGGAAGGGCACCACAUCGGCAACCUGCCCCAUAUGUGCUUCUGGGUCGCCAUGCACGACCAUCACCACGGCAGACGACUUCUGGCGCAAGCCGGAGCUCUGCUCCCUGCCGGACAUUGAGCCGCUCCGCAGCACCGUGACCGGCGCCACCUUGUUCCCCACCACCUCGAUCUGCUCCGCUGACUCGGGCAUUGCAGCCUACCCCAUCCGCGGCCUGCCCGCCACGGGCGCCGCGGGCAAGACCGGGGGUACCGCCUAUGCCUGGAUCGGCUACAACGGCCGUCUGUACCUGACGCUGGCGUUUGACUGCAACUUUAUGUUCAGCUCCAACCCCAACUGGCCCGGGCCCAAGGUGUCAGUGGCCCUGUGGAACGCCGCCAACGGGCUGGGCCGGCCGCAGUACGUGGAUGUGCUCUACGCAGCCGGCUUCUACACCUGCUACACGCUGUCCAUAGACCUGCGUAACGUGUGCAACCCCGCCGACGGAGCCGUGUUUAACCCCUCGCCCAACGCCGGCUCCACCUGCCAGUGCAACGGCGGCGCCUGCCCCAGCCCGCCCACCAACCUGUUCAACGAGGGCAUGCCCCUGUACAUGGACGUGCGCGUGUCACUGGGCGACUACGCCUCACAGGACGGCCUGUGCGCGCCCGGCAGCAUCGGCAACUACACGCUCAGCAGCCCUUCGGACGGCCCAGCCGUGAACCCGCUGUUCGUGCCCAACUGCAUCGCGCCGCCUAGCCCGCCGCCUGCGCCGCCGCGGCCGCCGCCGCCCACCCCGCCCAUCCCGCCGCGGCCGCCGCCCAGCCCGCCCAAGCCUCCCAGCCCGCCGCCGCCGCGGCCUCCCACGCCGCCCACGCCGCCCAGCCCGCCGCCGGUGGACGUGUCGGUCGUGAUCACCACUCCCAUGAUCUUGGACCGCGACACCACCUGCCCCUCCGUCAUCCUGUGGCUGGCGUCCUGGUACGCCAUCGUCAACGCCACCGUCAGCAACCCGCCCUGCGUGGUGGGCGUGUCGCCGGCCUCCUCCACCAUGUUCAUCACGUACAGCCUGCUGCCUAACCAGGCCGUGCCCUUCGUCAACAUCAUCUUCCCCGCCUACCCCGAGCCGCGCUCCAUCCAGCUCAAGGUGCUGAUGCUGGACCUGCUCAAGCUGCCCUGCAACUCCACCAGCAGCGUGCAGGGCGUGGGCAUCUACCGCGUCGUGCCCGACAACCUGCUGCCCAGCAACAUGAAGGACGACCGCUGGCCAGAGCUCUACUGCGCGCCGCAGCCGUCGCCGCCGCCCAGCCCGCCCCUGCCGCCGGCGCCCAAGGCCCCGCGCGCGCCGCCCCCCAGCCCGCCGCCGCCGCCACCUCCCAGCCCGCCGCCGCCCAGCCCGCCCCCGCCGCCGCCGCCCAGCCCGCCGCCGCCGCCACCCAUGCCGCCGCCGCCGCCCGGCAUCCUGUACUACUGGCAGAUGUUCUACCCGGCCCCCAUCGACCAGGCGCGCGCCAAGGACUGCACCUACGUCAGCUUCAUUAUGAAGUACAGCUACAAGAUUGCGGAGCUGUCACCCGGCCAGACCGACCCCAACUGCACCCUGUCCUCCACCAAGCUGGUCGCCACGCUCAUGUUCUACAGCAUCGAGCGCGGCGCCAAAUCCAUGGUGGGCGUGUUCAACGAGGCCGCGAUCGGCGAGUUCGUGACCAUGUACGGCAUCCCCUGCAAUUCCAUCAUCUACAUGUCGUACGACGAUGGAUCCGGAGCGACAGUGGGCUUCAAGACGUUCUCGGGAUCCAACGUGCCGGCGCUCAAGUGCGGCCUGCCGCCACGCCCGCCGCGCCCGCCCUCGCCCAAUCCUCCGCCGCCCACGCCACCCUUCGCGCCUGACCCACCCUCGUCGCCUGACCAGGCGUCGAACUUCUCUCCGCCUCCACCCGUGCGCCAGCCGCCCUCACCACGCCCCCCCUCGCCGCGGCCCCCUGCGCCAGCGCCUUCGCCGCCUUUCAACGCCUCAACAAUCCCACGCCCGCCGCGCCCGCCCAGCCCGCCGCGCCCGCCGCCGCAGCCGCCGCAGACGCCCGACGUUGUGUUCCAGCCGCCCAACGGCGAUCAGCCGUCAAUCCUGGACCCGCCGCCGCCGUCUCGCCAGCCGCCGUCACCAAAGCCGCCGCGGCCGCGGCCGCCGCCCCUCCGCUUCCCUCCCGAGGUCCCCUUCCUGCCCCUGCCUCCUGACAUCACUCAGCUCCCGCCGCCGCCGCCGCCGCGUCGCCGCUCGCCACCGCCCCCCACCCCGCCUUCGCCAAAACCGCCACGCUCACCGCGCCCGCCGCCGCCGAGUGUCUCCCCACCACCGCCGCCGUCGCCACCGCCGCCCAAGUCGCCCCGCCUGCGCCCGCCGCCGCCGCAGCCUGACACCCCUCCCCCCCCGCCGCCGCCCAAGUCGCCCCGCCUGCGCCCGCCUCCGCCGUUGCCCAGCCCGCCGCCGCCGCGGGUGCCGCGCGCUCCCCGCCCGCCGCCGCCCGCGGGCAAGCCGCCGCCACCCACGGGCAAGCCGCCGCCUCCGGGCAAGUCGCCUCCUCCUCCUCCUCCAGUCGUCCGCUCGCCGCGCCCGCCGCCGCCCUCGCCCCCUCCCUCGCCGCCGCCUCCAACGGGCAACAUCACCGUCAACAACCGCACCGUCAUUAUGUCAGUGGACACAAUCCUGACCCGCGCCCUCACCAACGCCCACUGCACGGCACUAACGGUCAUCACGGCGCAGUCGGUGCCGCCAAGCGUCAACGUAACGGCCGGCCCCAACUGUCAGCUCAACGACCCGCCCACCACCGGUGCCAAGGUCAUUGUGGUUCUGGAAACCAAUACCCAGGCUUUGGAUUUCUACAACGCCUACGCCACGCCCACGCGCGCCGACACCAUCGUGCGUGUGUUGAGUUUACCUUGUAACCGCUCCUCAGUAAUCUUCGCAGCGCCCGGUCUGGCUGAACCACGCGUGUUCGAUCAACGAAACGUGCCGGCGCUGCAGUGCGCGUCACGCACCACAACGGCCUCGGGCCGCCGUCUUGUCUUGGCAGCGGAGCGCGCUAUGCGAGCGUUUGAGGAGGCCGAGGCCGCGGCCGCCCAAGGCGGCCGCCGGGAGCUGCCGGAGGAGGUAGCGUUUGGCGACGUGCCGGAGGAGGAGCGUGCCGGCGUUGCACUGCCGCUCGUGUCGCUGCCCAUCCUCAGCCAUGGCGCCAACGAAGCGGACCCCAGGGCGGCUGCGUCAGCAGCAACAGCAGCAGCUGUGUCGCGGGCGCUUGGGGAAGCGGGCGAGGAGAACAUGGUGACCGUGGGCGGGCAGGCCGCCGCCGCACUGGUUGGCGAGGACGGGCGGCGCCGCACGGCGGUGCUACAGGACGAGCUUGCGGGGCUGAUGCUUGUAAACCUGGACGACGAGGAGGAGGACAGCAGCAGCAGCAGCAGCUCGCAGGAAGACGCCUUGAAUCCCGGGUCAGGCGUGUCGGCAGCCAGGGGCCGGCAGCAAUAGCGUGCUGCUGGUGCAAGCGCACACGGCACACCAUUGCAACGGAGACCGGCACUAGGUGCCAUGCGAUUGCCGGACCGCCCGACCGGGCCUGACCUCGCGAGGAAGGCCGUGCGGGGCGGCGUGUGUGAUGCGCCGCGCGCACGUGCGUUUCUAGUUCUUGGCUCAUUGCUGCCCCCAGCGUUGCGCGAUGGAGCGCGCUUGGGGCUGCUGAAGACCUUUGGAUUUACUCGGGCAAGCUGGCUGGGAUUGCGUGCGGAUUACAGCGGGCGGGCCGAUUGCGAUAUGACACGUAUGGGCAUGACCCGGCGAGGCUUGGCUGAGCCCACUGUGAUGUGCGCUCACCGAAAAGAUCGCAUGCAAAUGACUGCAGGCUGAGCGAAUGACGCGUGCAAUCGAGAGACAAGACUGUUGUGUUAAGGCUGGCAGGCCGGGGCUGCAGUGCUAGGGCUUGCAGCGGCCGACGGCCCCCCUUCAAGCAUUGACAAGUGUGUUCAUGCUGUUCCUGCCUCUGCUGAAAGGAGAUGGGCGGUGGCGAGUUGAGUUGGUGUUGUGGACGGACGGGAAGGCUUCGUGAAGAUGAACAGGCGGAGCUCACAGGCGCACUUAGCACGGCGCAGCCGUUUUGACAAUGAUAUGCCUGCAAUCUAGUUUAUUUCUAUGUCCGGUCAUUGGCCGUGGCAAAGGAGGUCGUGAGCGGUGUUGCCUGGUCGCAUGACUUUCUGCUGACACCUGACCGUGUGCCGUGUACGUGUGUGCGCGCAAUCCUAUCAGUGCUAAGGACGGCUUGUUUCUGUCGUGUGCGUGAGCAUGAUAUCUUCACCUUUACAGCAUCACUUGACAACUUGCGACUUUGACUGGACAUGCGGGAAAGGGUCAUCGGGAGACGUAGCAAGGAAGGUGCUCCCUAGGCGGCUACGCCGCAGAAAGGAGCUUAGUCUCGGCAGCUGUAACAUGCUGUUGGU